AUGCGACUGACCCUUGCCGUGCUGCUCACCGCAGCCCUGGCGGGCUGCGGCGAAAGCGCGCGCCUGCCCGACAAAGCCGAUAUGGGCGCACGCCCCACGCUCACCGAGCCGCGCCGUGGGCGUGAUCACCGCGCUCGCCGUGUGGGCGCUGGGCCUGCCCAACCCGACGCUGUGGGGCUGCGUGACCGCGGUGUUCUGCUUCGUGCCCUACAUCGGCCCGAUGGCACUGAUGGCCCUGCUGCUGCUGGCCGGCAUCACCACCUUCGACCCCGGCCCGCAGGUGUUCGGGCCGAUGCUCGCCUUCAUGGCGAUCCAUGCCGUCGAGAGCAACAUCGUCAGCCCGGUCAUCGUCGGGCGGCGGCUGUCGCUCAGCGCGCUGUCGGUUUUCGUCUCGGUGCUGUUCUGGGGCUGGCUCUGGGGCAUCGUCGGCGCGUUGAUCGCCGUGCCCCUGCUGAUCGGGCUGCGAAGCCUGUGCCGCCGUCGCCGGAGCCUGCGUCUGAUCCGGCUCUACCUCGAGGGCGACCACUGUGCCCCACCCCCGUCGCUGCGAGCGCUGCUGCGGGGGCCGGCCAAGCCGCGGCCCCGCAACCGAUUCACCUGACGCAGGCCGGGCACGCCGUUUGCCCUGGCGAGCCACAAGAACACUUUUCCGCGAACCGGGGCCGGGUCGCGGCGCCUGAGACAUGGUGGUCCGUCCACGAUCCAUCUCGCCGCCUACGCAGCGGACGAGCUUGCCGGUGA